AUGGCGUCUUCUAGCAAUUAUGAUAGCAUGAUCGAGCGCCUCUCAGAGCCAUUGGCAUGGAGCGCAAGAACAGAAUCGACAUUGCUGGAACCUUUCACGUAUGUCGCAGCCACGGGAGGAAAGCAGGUCCGAUCGCACCUUAUAGACGCUUUCAACCUAUGGCUGAACGUACCAGCACCACGAGUAGAGCUCAUCUCGAAGGUCGUCAGCAUGCUACAUAAUGCAAGUUUACUGAUAGACGACGUUGAGGAUAACUCUCAACUACGACGAGGCUCCCCUGUGGCACACAAGAUUUACGGAGUGCCGCUCACUAUAAACAGUGCAAACUAUGUCUACUUCCUCGCAUUUCAAGAACUCUUCAAGUUGAAGGUUAUCUUGAAGGAAGAUGCGGAUUUACUCCCUUCGAAGCAAAUAGAGUCCAUAGAUCAGAUGGUUACUGAGGAGCUUUUGAACCUGCAUCGUGGUCAGGGACUGGACGUGUUUUGGAGAGACAGCCUCACCUGCCCAACAGAAGAGGAGUACAUCCAGAUGGUGAACGGAAAAACGGGAGGGCUUCUGCGUAUCGGCAUCAAACUCUUGAUGUUAUCGAGCAAGUCGGAAGUGGACUACGUGCCUUUGGUGAAUCUGAUUGGCAUCUACUUUCAAAUUCGAGACGAUUACAUGAAUUUACAAUCUACUGAAUACUCCGAUAACAAGGGCUACUGCGAGGACUUGACGGAGGGCAAGUUUUCGUUCCCAGUCGUGCAUUCGAUCCGAGCAGACGAAUCGAACCGGCAAGUCCUCAACGUCCUUCAGAAACGUCCCACAACGCCAACGAUCAAGAGGCAUAUCGUGGGUUACAUGGACACAGCGACGCAAUCGUUCGCAUAUACACGUUCCGUUCUGGCUACUCUCGAGAAGCAGGCAUAUGCCGAGGUUGAGAGGCUGGGAGGAAACAAGAAGUUGGAGAAGAUAUUGGAACGAUUGCAUGUGAACGAGGAAACGAAGGCUGAAUGAGUACUAGAUUUACUUCCAGGAUAUAUAGAGGAACCUGAUUUCGAAUGUUACAAACUGUCCCAUUGUCGUUUCCACCUCCAACAAUUUAACAAGGUCGUGAAAUGCGUUGCACGCCGAAGAAGGACGUGAGGGUAUGAUUAAUCUUGGCUCGGACAGCAGCGACCGACCAGGGCCGAAGGUUGGCUCGCAAAUGAAUAUCGCAGGUAGAACCUCCAUCGAAGAUGGCGGGCGCUGUUCUGCAGUCGUUGUCAAACAUGCUGCUCGUGUGGUACGCAUCAUGGCACCGAUUUCCCUCCGGAGAGGCAUCCCUUCCAGUAAAAUCAACCACAUAAGAUGAUGG